AUUCAUCACCGAUUCAUAAUCUGCAAGCAAACCUCUUCCUUCCGCCAUCGGUUCGCUUCGAAUGGCCGUCGUCGCCGAUUGAAAGCCGCCGGAUUCCUGAUCACCGUAAGAAACAGAAACUACUUUGAUCUAAGGUAUCGAGGAUAUAAAACGUACUAUUCUUGUUUCUGAGUAAUCAUAAUGGCGAAGAAGAGGAAGUCUGCUGCGUCGAGCCUAGACGAAAUCGAUCGGACGUUGUACUCGACUUUUUGCAGCGCUGCUAAUUCUCUCUCUCAGCUGUACUCUCAGGCCAUGAGCCAACAGAAACUAUGUUUCCUAUCUGGUGAACGCCAUGGAUUGGAAAUGCUCUAUCAAUGGAUUUCCAAGCAGCAUGAGGAAGGACUGAGAGUCACAUCAGAUGACAUACUAGCCUAUAUUCAGGCUGAGCUGGAUUCAUCAGGGGAGGAGCCAUCAAGAACCUUACAGCAGAAUCAGCAGCCUGCAAAUCUGUUCGCAAAUUCCAACUCAUCUAGCAUGCCGACUGUUGCACUGACCGAUCAACAACCCAAGAAUUAUAUUUUCUCAAAUGCUUUAUCAAGCCCAGUUCGUCGCAGCCUUCAGAACUAUCAGAAUCGUGAUUCUAAUAUCUUCGAUUCAUCAAUGGACAUGCAUGCAGAUAGCACAGGUCAUGAUUCUGCUCAUUGAACAACUUUCGUUCUAUGUUUUCUUUCCGCCUUGAAUCCAUUAAAGUUUAUCAUCCAUUUGUUAGUUUUAGUAUCAUGGCUUGUCGCUUAUGCAAUUCGUCGUAAUACCGGAGAAUAUGGAGAAAAGAAAUCCGAAACUCGAGUUUUAGUUUACAGAAACAGAGGCUAUAUAAUCCUUGUUGAACCAUGUGACUUAUGAGUAGAUCUUUCAUGUUAUGCUUAAAGUUAUUUUCGUGGAAUAUUUAAAGUCCUUCCAAC